AUGUUCGUCAUAAUUUGUCUCAUUAGUAGUUUUGCCUUGGCAGAAUCUGCAGAGAACGAGUCCAGUGACAAUAGCUGCCUGAAGGUGUACGAAGGCCUAUCGUUAUGGCUUGUGAUGGCAACCACACUCCCUAUCAUUAUCAACUUUGGUACUAUGUUUGUGAUUGCCCUUACUAUCUACCAAGUGAAACAAGUGAAGCCGCUGUGCGAUAACCUUACAUCUAGCACUCAUUGGCUCUCUCGAACAGCGGUAAGGGUUGGAAUUGGUCCAACGGCAAAAAAAGCACUCGUGGACUAUGCAAAAGGAAAGUCAGAAUUCGCAAAACUGAUGGCUACUCCCACAUAG